AUGGUUACUGGGCUGAAUGUAGACGAAUCCGUACCUGCAUCAACCUUCUGCGAGACUUGCGUCAAAGCCAAGUCCCACGUCACUCCGUUCCCACCAGCAUCUGACAGUCAAUACACCGAAAUUGGCGACCUGACCUUCACCGAUGUGUGGGGACCCUCGCACGUGAUUGCCAUUGAUGGUUCCCGAUACUACGUCUCAUUUACGGACGCUGCAACACGACGAACAGUGCUCUACUUCCUAAAACGGAAGUCAGACAUCAAGGAUCGGAUGCGCGACUACGUGGAAUACAUACAGACACAGGCAGGGAAGCGCGUUAAAGCCUUCCGCUGUGACAACGGGGGUGAAUAUGUCAACGACGAUGUUCGGACCUUCCUCCGGUGA